AUGGGAUACUCACAUGAUUCUGAAGAGAUCAUCUUUGGAGACAAAACUAAUUACUUCAGGAUUCCAGCUCUUCUCUACAUUGGGGAAUGGAAUAAAUUCCUGGCAUUUGCAGAGAAGCGCACUGGUGGCAAUAAUGACGAGUAUGCAGAGAACCUGGUGAUGAGAACAGGUACCCGGGAUUCAGACAAAAAAGUGAAGUGGUCUCCCGUUGAGGACUUGAGGCAAGCGAGCAAACAUGGAUACCGCACCAUGAACCCAUGUCCAGUCUUUGAAACAGCCACAGGGAAACUUUUUCUCUUCUUCAUCUGCAUUAAGGGCAAGAAAAAAGAAGGACACCUUAAGGCAGGUGAAACUCGCUUGUGCUUUGUUACCACCACGGACGUCAGUAAGCCGUGGAAUGACUUAAAAGAUGUGACUGAUGAUAUAGAAGUUGAUGGUAAAAAGCUCUCAGAGUACCAGACCUUCGCCGUGGGACCAGGACAUGGCCUUGAGGUGAAGACCAGUGGUCAUGGCACAAGGCUGCUGAUUCCAGCCUAUGUUAAAAGCGGAAAGGGAAGCCACUCUCUGGUCUUCUACAGUGACAAUGGGGGAGAGUCGUGGCAGGCGGGAGAGCACCUGUCUGAGGAGACUGGUGAGUGUCAGGUGGCCGAGAUUCAAGGCAGUGAGCUCUACUGUAAUGCCCGCACUCUCCGCAGUGAGAAAUAUCGGAUAGAGAGGCUUAGUAGUGACACAGGGGCACGUUUUACCAAAUUACUGGAACGAUCUCUGCCGGAGACGCCUCAUGGUUGUGAGGGCAGUGUGCUGGGCUUCCCUGCCCCUGAUUCCUCUAACACAUGGCUGCUCUUCAGCCACCCGCAGAGUGGCUCCAAGAAUCCUAUUUGUUGGAAAAGGUUUGAUCUGAGCAUCUACCUGAGAGAAUCUCUUAAGGGGUCAUGGGGUAAGCCCGUCAUAAUUCACCCGGGGAACAGCGGCUACUCUGACCUGACCCAGUGUGAGGAGGAGCAUCACUUUGCCUGUCUGAUGGAGUGUGGAGAGACCAAACGGCCACGGAUCGUUUUUAAGGAGUUUACGCUCAGGCCACCGUACUAUUGGCCUUAA